AUGACAUAUCAGCAUAUUGCGAAAGACAAGUGUUGUAGUAGAAGUGGAGGAGAGGCGGAGAGCAUUAACCACUUUCUCUUUCAGUGCCCUUAUGCUCGGUUAGUUUGGGCAGUGGCACAGAUACACAUACCCCCAGCUGGUAGGUGGUCGGAUUCUUUAUAUGCUAACCUCUAUUGGGUCUUAAACCAAAAGAAAGAGUACCCUAAGGAGGAAGUAGAUGAAGGAUUUGUCCCCUGGCUAUUGUGGAGGCUAUGGAAGAACAUAAAUGAAUUUAUCUUCAGAGGAAAGGACUAUAGUGCUCACACAACAGUUAAGAAGGUAUGGGAGGAUGUGAGGGAAUGGAAGAGUAGAAUUGAGAUCACAGAUGAGGAAGUUAAAACGCCAACACCAGAAGCACCAGAGGUGAAAUGGAACCCGCCGACUCCCAUGACAUUGAAGUGUAACACAGAUGGAGCAUGGUCGAAGGAGACCGGUAUUGGAGGUAUUGGGUGGUUACUGCGGGAUCAUCAAGGGCUUCUGGUGUGGGCUGGGGCAAAGAAGAUGACAGUGAUGAGAUCAGCAAUAGAAACCGAAGCAGAAGCAAUUAUGGGCUCUUCAAAUGGUCGUGGGUUUUGGAUAUAG